UUCCGGUUCGAGCUCCCGGAACCGCCGCCUCUAGGGAUGGACGGUCAGACUCUGCGGAAGGCUGAGAGAAGCCGGUCCUGCUCUCGGGAGAAAAAGGAGGGUUACACAAAGGACAUGGUGACAGACUUUGAUGAGAAGCACGAUGAGUAUUUAAUAUUGCUCCAGCAGAAGAACCGGAUAUUAAAGCAUCUGAAAACCAAGGACCCCGUGCAGUUGAGGCUGGAGCACUUGGAACAGGGGUUCUCGGUCUAUGUCAACGGGGCCAACUCUGAACUGAAGGCGUCCCCUCGGAAAGCCGUCCACGCCGACUUCUCCAGAAGCGCCUCCCACACCGAGGGGACUCACGACUGUGGACGAAGAACGCUGUUUCAAGAAGCUGAAGAAGCUUUGAGACGCAGUGCACGGACAGCUCCCAGCAAAGUCCAGCGCCGAGGAUGGCAUCAGAAAUCUGUGCAGAUCAGAACGGAAGCUGGCCCGCGGCUCUACAUCCAGCCUCCUCCGGACUAUGCUGAAGAUUCUGAGCCAUGUGGGGAUGUGACUGUCAAGGUGAAGGAUGCUUCUGGGGACUGUCCACAGGAUACCAAAUCUCCCACCAGCACCACGGCCUGUGAUUUUAAUUUCUCCCUUCCAAACGCAAAAGGACGCUCUGACCUUCCAAGCAGUACGGACAGAGAAAGGAUCCUCUUAACUAUUCAGGAUGUAAUGGAGCUAAGAAAAAGCCUGGAACUUAGUGUCAAUCUACAAAGGAAAGAAAAGGAUGGUUCCAGUGAUGAGUAUGACUCUAUCGAAGAAGAUGUACUCUCUGAGCCGGAGCCCGAGGACCAGGUGCUGGUGGGCUGUCCCAGAGAUGACUCCCCUCUUUCCCGAAGGUACUCAGUGCAAAAGGAUUUUCCCGAGGACCAAGAGACAGAAGGACGCCUUCCCCAGGGCCCAGACACCCUCGUAGUGCUGGAAUUUAACCCGGCUUCCAAAAGUAAUAAAAAGGAAAGGAAUUUGUCUGCUAAGCGGAAGGACAACGCUGAGGUCUUCAUUCCCAGCAAACCUGAGCCACACCUGAGUCCCCAGCCCCCAACCAUGUUCCCGGAUCAAGACAGGGCGUGCUCAAGACCUGGAAGCCGCCGAGAGAGACCCCUAUCCGCAACCCGGAAACCUGUGCGAGAGGCUGAGGACCGAGAGGAAGAUGCCUCGGCCGUGCUCAGGGCCAUCCAGGUGGAGAACGAGGCCCUGCAGAGGGCGAUCCUCAGCAGAAAGGCCGAGCCCCCCGCCAGCCCACCCCAGGACACAGAGGGACCACGAGCAAAGCCGUGGACCAGUCUGCUCAAGGAGGGGACCCCCGAGCUGCCUCCCAUCACCACGGCGACCAGCACGGAGGAGCCAGCCAGGGCAGCAGGGGGAGCCAGAGCCGUCAGUGAAGCCAUCGACAGAAUCGGCCUUUUGGGGAGCAGACAGCAGCAGAAGCUUCUGAAAGUCCUCCAGGCCAUUGAAAGUGACUCUGCCCAUCUCAGCCGGGUUGUUUCACCCACAGAGGAGCAAGUGCUGGACCCAGAGGACAAAUCGGGACCGAAAGCAGAGGAGAUCAAAGACGCCAUCUACGUGACCAUGGAAAUCCUGUCCAACUGGGGCAGCGCGUCAUGGGUGGGCAUCACGGAAGUCGAGUUCUUUGACCUGAACAACACAAAGCUCUACGUGUCGCCCCAUGACGUGGAUAUCCGGAAUACAGACAUGCCCGGGGACCUGGGCCACUUGGUCAACAGGAACUUAGCUGGCAAGAAAGACCCUUCCCUGUGGACGUGCCCCUUCCACCCGCCGCUCCAGCUCUUUUUUGUCAUCCGCAACACAGGACAGCUGCGUGACUUUGGUCUAACCAAGAUCAAGGUUUGGAAUUACUGGACGGCUGACGGCGACUUUGACAUCGGGGCUAAGAACGUGAAGCUUUAUGUCAACAAAAAACUCAUCUUUGAUGGCAAGUUAGACAAAGGAGGUGGCGAGGCCCCGAACAGCAUCCUGGUGGGGCUGCAAGAUGAGAGGAUGGAAAAGAGCGAUGCUGCCCUCUUGGAAGAAAGCAGAGGUGUCCGCGAGACACCCGGCACCGAGGGGGAUGAGGAGCUCCGCACCAGUCACUCUGAGCCAGCUGGAGCAGCAGAGGAUGCGAAGGUUUCUUCACAAGGAAAUUUAUUUGGUGGAAGGAUGAGUUCUCCUGACGGUGUGAAAGACAGUUUGUCCCGGUCAGAGGAGGAGCUCAGCGUUUCAGCCGCCCCGUCCUCGGUGGGUGGUGAGCCCAGUGGUCCUCCCCACUCGCCCCCUGUGGAGUGCCCUGCUCCUCCUGACCAGGAGCUCUCGCUGCUCCGACAGCUGGGAAACCUCACAGGCAGAAAAGUCUCUGAGCCGCCAGGGAAGACCCCAUCCUGGUUACAACCUUCUCCCGCGGGGAAAGGCAGGAAGCCGGGAGGCCCGAAGUUGAAACCCCUCUGGCUGAGUCCAGAGAAGCCGCUGGACGGGAGAGAUGGGCUUCCAUCAGACGACGUCAUCGGUGAGGGGCCUGGAGUGUCCGAGGCCAGGGAUAAAGGCCCCCGACGUGAGCAAGGGCGGCUGAGCAGCUGGAAUGUCAUCGCCGCUGAGAGAGCUCAGAGGACGACCCCCAAAGUCCACGGUGAUGACUUUGACAUCUUUAACCAGCCCCCCCACAGGGAGCAGCCUGCUAGUGGGAGGAGGGGACUGAGGAGGGACGCCCUCAGCCUCAGUCAUGGUGACGGCCAGCCAGCCAGCAGUGAAGACACCUGGUCCACCCAGAUGCCGCCACGGCCCCGGUGGCACAGUGAGCAGGAACACACCUUGCACGAAUCGUGGGACUCCCUCACGGCCUUCGACCGCUCCCACCGGGGGCGCAUCUCCAACAUGGAAUUCCAGGGCGACAUCCUGGAUGAGUUCCUACAGCAGCAGAAAAGCAGCCGGCAGAGCGACCAGCCGCCCCCCUGGAAGGAGGAGAAGCCGGAGCCUGUGAAAGGGCAGGACCACGGCUCCCUGGAGACAGACGAUGGGGGUGACUUCAAAAUCCCCGUCCUGCCCUAUGGACAGCACCUGGUCAUCGACAUCAAGUCCACGUGGGGGGACAGGCACUACGUUGGCCUCAACGGGAUAGAAAUAUUCAGUUCCAAGGGGGAGCCAGUGAGAGUCGAGAACAUUCAGGCCGACCCCCCGGACAUCAAUAUCUUACCGGCCUACGGGAGAGACCCCCGCGUGGUCAGCAACCUCAUCGAUGGGGUGAACAGGACCCAGGACGACAUGCACGUCUGGCUGGCCCCCUUCACGCCGGGCAAGUCCCACUCCAUCUCCAUGGAUUUCGCACAGCCUUGCCAGGUCGCCCUGAUCAGGAUCUGGAAUUACAAUAAAUCACGGAUCCAUUCCUUCCGGGGCGUGAAGGACAUCACGAUGCUGCUAGAUGCGCAGUGCAUCUUUAAGGGAGAAAUUGCCAAGGCCUCCGGAACCCUGACGGGAGCUCCAGAGCACUUUGGCGACACGAUCUUAUUCACGACCGACGAUGAUAUUCUCGAGGCCAUCUUCUGUUCCGAUGCGACGUUUGACCUGGACGUGGAAAGCCUGUGCAGCCUGCAGAGUGAGGAGGCGCUGAGGAGGCCCAGCACAGCCGAUGGCCAGGGGGAGGAGAGGCCAUACACCCAGGCCGGCUCAUGGGCUGAUGACCGGGGCCUGGAGCCAGAGCUGCCCCCCGGUCCCCCUGUCCCUGAUGUCACCACACCAGAGCCGGGCGUCUAUUACGGCAUCUGCCUCCAACUGAAUUUUACCGCCUCCUGGGGUGACCUGCACUACCUGGGGCUCACCGGCCUGGAGGUGGUGGGCCAGGAUGGCCAGGCACUGCCCAUCAACCCGCAGCAGAUCUCUGCCUCCCCCAGAGACUUAAAUGACCUCCCUGAGUACACGGACGACUCCCGGACCCUGGACAAGUUAAUUGAUGGAGCCAACAUCACGAUGGAGGAUGAGCAUAUGUGGCUGAUCCCCUUCUCGCCGGGGCUGGACCACGUGGUCACGAUCCGCUUCGACAGAGCCGAAAGCAUCGCAGGCCUUCGCUUCUGGAACUACAAUAAAUCUCCCGAGGACACCUAUCGAGGGGCCAAGAUCGUCCACGUCUCCCUGGAUGGCCUGUGUGUCUCCCCUCCCGAGGGCUUCCUCAUCCGGAAGGGACCGGGCCACUGCCACUUUGACUUUGCUCAAGAAAUCCUCUUUGUGGACUACCUGCAGGCCCGACCGUUGCCCCCGCCAGUCCAGAGGCUGGACACGAAGAGCCUGGAGCGGGCGAGCAUGGACUAUGAGGCGCCCCCAAUGCCCUGCGGCUUCAUUUUCCAGUUUCAGCUCCUGACCAGCUGGGGUGACCCCUAUUACAUCGGUCUUACCGGCCUGGAGCUAUAUGACGAAAGAGGAGAAAAAAUCCCUCUGUCAGAGAACAAUAUCGCCGCCUUCCCGGACAGCGUCAACUCCCUGGAGGGCGUGUGCGGGGACGUCCGGACCCCUGACAAGCUCAUCGACCAAGUGAAUAACACCAGCGACGGCAGACACAUGUGGCUGGCCCCCAUCCUGCCUGGCCUGGUGAACCGGGUUUAUGUGAUUUUCGAUCUGCCCACCACAGUGUCAAUGAUCAAACUGUGGAAUUACGCAAAAACACCACAUCGAGGGGUGAAGGAGUUUGGCCUCCUGGUGGAUGACUUGCUCGUGUACAAUGGGAUCCUGGCCAUGGUAGGCCACCUGAUAGGGGGCAUCUUGCCCACGUGCGAGCCCACGCUGCCCUAUCACACCAUCCUCUUCACCGAGGACACGGACAUCUGUCACCAGGAGAAGCACACCACCAUCAGUAAUCAGGUAGAGGACCAGGACGUGCAGAUGAUGAAUGAAAACCAAAUCGUUACCAACUCGAAGAGAAAGCAGAAUGCAGCUGACCCAGCCUUACGCCCCAAAACCUGCAUCAGCGAGAAGGAGACAGCAAGACGGUGGCGGUGCUGACCGGCGAAGGAGCAGGGCUGGUCCUCUCAGCCAGGACGGGGCUCUGUCACCAGCCCCCACGCAGUACCUGCAUCCCCGGCCUCAGGCUUUCGUGUGGGCCCACCCAGACCCCAGACCCCAGACCCCAGAGGGCAGAAGGGAGCUUCAGCGUGGAGGGGCCCGCUGGGGAGAAGGGACUCGAGGGGUGAACGGCCCUGGGAAACACAGGAGUUCAGGAGGAAGAUGGGGUGUGGUGUGGUCUUCCGCUGGCCGCUGCAGUCCUGGGGUCAGCACGGGGAGCCCAGGGACUCCUGGCUCCGUGACUUUCGAGUGAGAUCCAGCAAAGCAGGGCCCGUCAUAGGAUCCGUGGGUUCUGCCUGACUCGAGGUAACACAGUAACGUGGCCUGGGGAGGCCUCCCAGCCAGCCGCCCCAGGGCCCGGAGCAUGGCUGAGCCGGGUGGAGGAGAUGGGGCCUCAGACCCCAACUCCAACAGGCAUGGGGCCCUGCCUUCGGAGGCCCCCACUCCCACCGCAUCCCUGCCUCAUCUGGGGGCUGGCCGGGAAGGUGGGGUUCUCCCCUGGACCCCUCCUGGACUGCUACCACCACUUCACUCAUCCCGGGGUGGGGUGGGGGGGGGUCCCACCCAGGCCCAGUGGAGAAGGAGGGAUCCCGUGAGGGUCCCUGGUCAUGCAGGGUCUCUGUCCUCUGGUUAAGCCUGAGAAGGGAUCAAAACCGAGGAACUGAGGGAGCUGAACCCACCCGCCGCCCUGAGUCAGCCCCGUACCCCCAUCCGGCACACGGGCCCCAGUCACUGCAGUGCUGCCAGGCCAACGGGACAGGCAGGCAGCGUCCUACCCUAGAGGGCCAGGGGGGCCCAUCCAGAUACCCUCCAGAUGCCAGAGCAGGAGGCAGAAGACCAGUGCCUCAGCCCCAGAGGCCACGCCCCCUGCCACUUGAACUAGCCUAGAGGGUGGGCGGACUCCCUCUGUCUGAUCCAGGCUUUCCUCCCUUUCCAUCUGUUCUUGUCCCCCUGCGUCCUGGGCCCCAGGCGGUGAGGCUCUUUUUGCCCAGGGGUCCCCAUGCCUUUGCCCUCUUCUAGCACCUUCUGGGCAAGUUGGACAUGUGCCUUGCCCCCACCAGCCACGUGAAGCCCAGAGCGCAUCUAUUUUCAUCUGUGUAACAAGCUCGGAUCAGGGACCUCAUUGGUUUCCCAGUGGUGGGUAAUUUCUCGUUCCAAAUAUUAAUCCGUUGUUUUCCUGGCUCCCGGCCUGGCCCCGCUGCUGCCGUACUGUACUCCAAGUAGGUUCCUAUGCAACCAAAAGCCCCAGCAAAUACUUUAUGAGCUUUGCAGCUUCAGCCGAGCAGCUAUGCAAAUGCGCUUUUCAUUAGGAGCGUGGGGCCGGACGUGAAGAUAAGGAAUUCUUUCUCCCAGAGAAGAUCCAUCAUUUCAGUAGCUUCCAAGCCCCCAGCCUCUAGGCUCACCUCACCCUCCCGGAUGUGGCAAGCGCCUCCACCUCUGGGCCUCCAGACUCCCAGGAGAGCUGCCGGGGAGUCGGGGGCAGGGGGGGGCGGGGGUUGAUCAACUUUUAGUGACCAAAACCAGUACCUUGGCUUUAAAGGGAGCCCAGCCUUCCAUCCCUGCCCGAGGCGUGUGUAACAGGUCAGAUAUGUUUGGGAGAUCACACAAGCACCACACUAAUUUGCUCCCAGGAUCUCAGUUGAUAUUUAUAAUAAUUGUACCAUGCAAGUUAGGAGGGGAGGGGGGAAAAAAGCUGUACAGGCAUUAACUCUAAAAUAAAUUUCUAUUUUUUUCUCUUGCAAGAUCAAUAAAAGAUAUU